GAGAAAUCAAUACACAGGAAGCCCGGAGAGGAUUCACCGGAGCACCGGGGGAGGAGGAGAAGGAGAGGAGGAGGAGGAGCAGCGCAGGAGCGACGAGGAGGACGCGCCAGGAAUUAUGAAGGUAAACCGGUUUGUUUUCCUCGGUGGACACGAGGAGGCGGCGCGCGUGCCCUCUCGUAGUGAGUGAGAAAAUGCGUUGCGAGCGCGUGCGUGUGUCCGUAUAAACGGUACCGUCAGCACAUUUUCAGCCAACCAUGCUGACAUCCUUCAUCGCCGCGCGGGUGCGCGCUGGACAUCAGCUGAUUCGCUCGCCUCUUUGUUUGACCGCUGUGUGACGGAGCCUGGAGAGGGGUCAGGGGUGGAGGUGGCGAAGGGCUGGGGGUCCAGAGGCAGGGCACCCCCCUUCGCUCGGUCUCCUACAAAGCUGAGCUGCAAAAGACUACAAGUCCCUGCAGGCUCCAUGUCUCCUAACCUUCAUGUCACAGCCCAGGUCACAUGAUUCAUCUCUGCAACAAAAUUGCUGUGUGUGGUCACGUGACGGCCUCAGCCAGCUCAUUAGAUGGCGAGCUUUUUGGAGGUCCGAACUUCAGCCACUGCCCCAGAUCACCAUGGCGACAGCACCGCUGGCUGCAGUUGUAGAUGCUCAGGUACAUUAUUCAUUCAAGUUCAUUCAUCUUCAGCUCAGCCGCGCUGCACUGGGGGAGCAGGUCAAACAGGGACGACCCAAGCCGACUCUACCAGAGUGGAGGUGAUCUGGGGUCUUCAUGUGGAGACAGCUGAGCAGGGCACCAUCAUGCAUGUUGAUGUUGACAAACGUGUCAACCUCAGGGGGAAGGGCAGGAAUGAAGACGCUGCACCGGAAACAACUGGUGCAGUUUCUCUGCGACCAUGUCAGCUGUCCACAGCCUCCUCCACACUGAGGGCAACCCACUUUUGAGGGGUCUCCUCAGACGUAAUUCGGACUGACUCAGAGCCUCUAGCACGCAAGUGGAGCUGAGGAGCAACACUGAAGCUCCCACACGUCAGGACAAGGACGCUUCCUUGGAGUAUUCACAGUGAGUCUACGUAUCACUGGUCACAGGAGAUGAUGAGGUCUUCUUUAGUUGUGUCAGCCACAGGAGCAUGAACACAAACAGACCAGGAAGCCAUAACAUUAUGACUGACUUACUGUCGUUCAGUUCAACCUUAAAAACACAUGUACAAUAAAAAAUGAAAGUGAAUCACACAAUGCUGCCUGAAGAUCUGCAGCCUUUGUGUGUCUGACACACACACACACACACAGUACAAUGGGGAAAAGCAGGUCACACUCACUAAACUGCAUCUUCUAACCUCUGUCUGAGCUGCUCCUCUUUAAAAUCACAGCUCACAAUAAAUUCACACAUUCCUGCAGUCCACACCUUCAACAGACUGACACACACACACCAAUUUAAAUAAUCACACUCUGGACUUUGACCCCGUUUAUCAGAGAGAGGGUGAGCUGCAACUGGAGCAAACAGAGCAGAAGACUGGGCGAGCACAGAGAGCCACGGACGAGAGAAAAGAGGAUAUGACAUCUAAACACAUGCGACACUGUGUAGAGGUAACACACACACACAUACACACACACGGAGAUUUGGCAACUUGAGUCAGAACCCUCAACACCACAGUACAGCUGAGGACAAACCGUCUCCGUCCGGAUUGUUUGGGUGGCUGAGUAUUUGGAGGAGAGCGUGUUGUUCCCCACACACUUGUGUUGACAGUGUAGAUGUGAAGGUGUGUCUACCUGAGUCGGCUGGUGAGAGGUCCAGUCCAAAGCCACAGCACCUCAGGGACCUUUUUCAGACCAUUAGGUGUGGGAUCUUUCUGACGGCAGAAGUGGGACACCCAGAGGAGCGUGUCUCCGGUGUGAGACAAGAGGAUGUUCAACAGCCAGGACUGGACCACAGCAGUUGUGUGAUAGGUGCCACUGAUGUGGAGCCACACGGCUUGACUUGUCUCACUGCUGUGUUGCAGCGUAGCCGCCAUGUCUAAAGCAACAGUGAAGAAGCUGCACUGGCGCUCCAAGGUCCAGGAGAGCUUCGUGCCGCUGGGCGGCGGUGCAGGGGAGCUGGGCUUGGCCGUAGGAGGUGGAGCCGACUAUGGAGAGUUCCCGUUUGUCACAGUGGCACCUGGCGGAGGAGCCUCGGUGGGUGACAUCAUCUUGGAGAUCGGCGGGACGCCGGUGUUGGGGAUGACGCUUGGCGAUGUCAGGGGGGUCCUCAACUCCUGCCCCCAUCCAAUCAGGAUCAAGACCGUGGUCCCAGGCUCCUCGCUGUGCAAGGACCUGCGCCUGUACCUCAGCAAGUGCUUCACUCCUGGAUCCAUGGACAGUCAGCUGCAGCAACUGAUCAGAGAGAACCUGUACCUGCGAGCUGUCCCCUGUACGACCCGGCAGCCGCGCGACGGAGAGAUUUCAGGAGUGGACUACAACUUUGUCUCCAUCGAGGAGUUCUUCUCUCUGGAGGAGUCUGGAGCUCUGCUGGAGAGCGGCAAGUUCAAAGGGAACUACUACGGAACACCCCGGCCAGUCCACAUCGGUCCUGAGAGUCCACCGAUCACUUACCAGGAACAUCGGAACUUGCUGAGGAACUUCAGGACCAGGAGCAAAAGUCUGAGCAACCUGGAGAAAGCUGUGGAGGAGGGAGACGCCAGCGAGGAGGACAGUGGGCUGUCAGCAGGGUCAGCUGGAGUCCCGCCCAACAAACUCCCUCCUCUGCAGUCAUGGAAGGGGACGGAGAACGGAGGAGGGAGAGGAGCAGGGCAGAGCAGUGGAGGUCCACUGCCCGAGAACUGGGAGAUGGCCUUCAGUGAUUCGGGGGAGCCAUACUUCAUCAAUCACGUGACCAAGACCACCAGCUGGCUGGACCCUCGAACCCCAAUCAAGGAGACCGCCUCCUGCACUGAGCUUCCAGAAUUCACUGAGCAGCCGAGUCAGCUCCAGGGUUUCUCCGUCUACACUCGACUCUCCAAAGGUCCGAGAGGUUUCGGCUUCAACAUCGUGGGAGGAAGUCGCCCGAGAGAGUUCCUGCAGGUGUACAGCGUCACGCCCGGGGGGCCGCCAACCCUUCACACGGCGGACAUCCUGGUUUACAUCAACGACGAGUGUGUUCUGGGUCGAUCCCACAAAGAGGUUGUGGAGCUGCUGAAGUCGGUGCCGAUGGGCCAGAGCGUGGACGUGGUCCUGCGCCGAGGAUACCCGAUGCUUUACAACCCUGACGGCUGCCCCAAACAGAACCUGGAGCCGACCCCUGAGCCGCCCACUCACACCCGGCUGACUCAGCUCACCUACAGUCACAUGACGGACGCCAGCGGAACUUCAGUAGGUCCCGGCCCGCUCCCAUGUGCUGCCCAGCCAAUGAUGAACGGACUUUCAGGCACGCCCACUGACCCCCCAGCGGGCCCAUCACAUCAUCUGGAGAGGACCACAGCCAAUCACAGCGACUCAGACGGCAGCGCCGGAACACAACGCUCCUCCCUGAUUGGCUACAGCAGUAGCACUCUCCCUGCCACUCUUCUCCACCGCCAGAGUUCCAAGUCAUCGGAGAGUGACCUGUCCACAUGCACCAUCCCUCACUCUUCCACCCUGCCUAAGCUGCCACUCUCCCAACCGGACCACAGCCAGUUCCAGAAGUCGGUCUCGUCUCCGCCUGCUGCCCCUCUGCAUCGUGCAUUGGUCCCCCACACCACCCUGACCUCCACAGUGCCCAGGGAGGUCACCACUUGCGGCUUCAACGGCUGUCCAGCCAAUCACAAGAGUCCAUCCCUGGCCACCAGGGGCAGUGCUGGGAUGGUUCUGCCAGUGAGCGGGUCACCCGGGUCAUCGCCGGCAGGGGAGCUAGUUCCUGUAGCUCUGGGCCGCAGCGACAGUGGAGGCCUGGGCUUCAGCGUCACAGCCGGGGGACAGAGUGGGCAGCUGGCUGUGGUGAGGAGGGUGUGGGACAGGAGGCAGUGCCCCGCCCUGCACGCAGGGGACGCCAUCGUCAAGAUCAACGGAGCAGACGUGCAGAGCCUUAAUUUCUCCCAGGUCCAGAGAGUUCUGCAGGAACACACCAAACAGGGGGAGGUGGUUCUGCUGGUUCACAGACAAGCUGCGGGCUCCUCACCUGUGGUCACCCCCAACAUCUACAAGCCCCUCCCGUCCCCGCACGCUCUCCCCAGCCCGUCCACAGGUACAGUACCGCCCCUCAGCAAGGCGGGCGUGGCACUGGAGAGCGCCCAGGGGGGCCAUCUCUCAGCAGCCACAGGAAACCAGACCAACGGUUCCCCAGGCUCCACACUCAUCCAGAGCACCAGCUUCCUAGACUCUGUCCCGGUGACACUGACUCUGGAGCCCCGCGACCUGCUGGGGGUGGAGGAGAGUGCCGGGGGGCCGCCGGGGAGGAGCAACAGUUUGGGCGGAGCCACGAGCAAGGAUGGACGAGGUGUUAGGACGGUGGAUGUGGAGCUGAGGAGGCGUCCAGGAGAAGGAUUCGGAUUUGUCAUCGCAUCUCAGGAAGUGAACCAUGGGGGUGAGUCCCAGGACGUCAUCCUCACUCAGCAAAGAGGAAGAGCUUGGCUGCCGUGUAACGCCUCCACGGUGAUGUCACAUCGCUUCGUGACGGUCCGACGUGGAAGUCCCGCAGCGCGGAGUGGCCAGAUUCAGCCCGGCGACCAGCUGGAGGCAGUGGAGGGUCGGGGGGUGGGCAGCCUGCAGCACCGGGACCUGGCUCAGAUCCUGAGGAGAGCAGGCAACACGCUGCGCCUGAGCAUCGUUCCACGACAGCAUCCCUCAGAAGGAGCUGACGUGGAGAUGGACGGGCGGCAGAUGAAGACGUUCAGAGGACGCUCGCAGGAUGAGUCCAAGUUCUACAGCGUGGAUCUGGAACGAGGUCCCACAGGAUUCGGUUUCUCUCUUCGCGGCGGCAGUGAGUACAACAUGGGCCUGUAUGUGCUGGGACUGAUGGACGGGGGUCCGGCACAGAGGAGCAAUAAGAUCCAGGUGUCGGAUCAGCUGGUGGAGAUCAACGGCGACAGCACGGCCGGGAUGACUCACAGCCAGGCUGUGGAACAGAUCCGACGAGGAGGCCACCGCAUUCACCUGGUUCUCAAGAAGGGGAAUGGCUACGUGCCAGACUAUGACCCUGAGGAUGGAGCCCCCUCCCCCGUGUCCUCCUCACCCAGAGAGGAGGAGCAGGAGGUUAACCAGAACACUAUGACAACUGCCUCCCUCAGCCCAGAGGGGGGAGGGGGAGGCCAGAGGAGGAGGAGGAGCAGAGUGGGCGGAACCAAAGGAAGGACAGGAGGAGUUCCUGAUCUGGACCUAGACCUGGUGGACAAGGAGGCUCUAGAGGAGGACCGCAAGAAGGAGAAAGCUAGCAGGAGGCAGAGAGCCAGAGAGCAGGUGGACCAGCAGGGGGCAGUGUGGAGCAGGACUCAGUCUGAGAGGUCUCCGCGGGUGAGGAGGAGCAGGAAGAGCGAGGAGGCGGCCACGUCUGACCGCAGCUCCGCUCUCCAAGCGCAGCCUUCUCAGAGGAAGAAGCAGGAAAUGCCGUUUUCCUUUCUGAUGCCCAAGGACCACCUCGAGCACUGGGACAACCAAUCGACAGCCAGCUCCACAGACGUCAGCCAAUCAGCAGCCAGCAUCACCAGCAGCUGGAGGGCGGACUCUGAUUGGAGGAGAGCCCCGGCGACUUGGCAGCAAAGCGACGGCCCGGGUCCCUGGCUGGAGCCGAGCCCGCUGAGACUAACGGAGGUUCUGAUUGGCAGUCGGCUGACUAGGAGAGGUUUGUCCUUCUGACGGAAGCCCUCUCUCCUGAUUGGUUCAUGCCUCAUUAUUCAGCUUCUUACAAGGGCUUUAGUGAAGACCCGCCCCUUCCUGCACUGUUGGGCCAGCAGCACCGAUAUUAAGGAAGCAGACGGAAUGGCAGGUGGGCGGGACUUGAGGCCAGCUUCAGCCAAUGAGGUUGCACAGAGAGCUGCAUUUCUAACUGGUGUUUCUAACUGUCAUGACCAGAUCACUUUAUAAAUGUAUGCAACUGUGGUCGUCGCAUCUCCGAGCACGUGAACAUGCUUUUUUUAAUUUUUAUAAACCGAAUGUGUCGAUUGAACGGCAUCAUUGUCGGUGUUAUUAUUAAUAUUAUUGGAAUUAUGACAGAUUUAAUAGCACCUGAUGAUUUGCCUGCUUGUAAAGAAAACCAUUUUUAAACUUCUUCUGAUGAAGUAACAGAGCCAUAUGAAUACACAGUUCAGGUCCAACAGCACUUCUGUUGGCAGUCAUAAUGACGUCGCUAUGGCAACGCAGCCCACAGCAUGUCCUGUUCCUAUAGCAACAACAGGAGGAGCUCUGGAUCAUAAAGUGCCUCGUUUCUCUGAGCCUUCGCCCUGUGACCCGCCCGAGACACCACGUCCCGUCCGCGUCCGGACCCGCUGAACUGAGUUGCUUGCCAAGAGUUUGGACCUGAAGACGACUCUACCGGACCCAAAGUUUGAUGAUGUCACGUGACUUGUUCACAUCAUGCCACUGACGACUUCAUUGCUGAUUCCUUCAUCAGAUGAAUAAAAACCCUUUAAAGUGAACUCAACUCAUGUGUCUACUUCUUGACUGAACCAAACACAUCGAAGCGGGAAACAGUUCCAGAGACUCCGGGUCAUGAGUGUGACGUUACUUGGGUUUUGUUCUACGGUGAGGAAGUCAGCGGGCGUGUCUCUGCAGCAGAGCUGGGUCCACCACACUGUUCUGCAGGGGCAGGUCGACUGAAAAGUCG